AUGGUGGAAAAAGGAUUGAUUGAAUCAGGGACACGAGCCGAUUUGAUGAAAUCUUUCUUCUCACAACGCAAACCUAAUCCAAUGACCCUUUUCCCCCCUCCUAUCGCCAUGGCAAUUGUAGGAGAGCUGAGGUUGGCCGACAAGAGGCCGCCUCAUCACGACAUCCUCUCUUCGUCUGAACGAAUGCCCACUCUUCCCCCCCUGUCUGACAUGUGGCAGACAGGCUCAGAGAACUGCAAAGUCAUAGACCUGAUCGUGUGGGGAGCAGGACCUGUCGACAUGCUGGUGUAUGCAUUUGUCGACAGUCUAGUUGCUGGGUUACUCGUUGCUUCAAGACCGAAUGUUGUUUGCUGUCAACGCGAUAGUAUUCACUUUGGUACCAAAGAAGAUGUUCUGCACUGCUUUUUGACUCCGAUCUUGGCAACACUCCAACUUUGGAAGUUUCCUGGCCAGGCGAGUUGA